UUCUGUCUGUCAGUGACAUCGCAGGAGCCGCAGGAUAGCAGCUCUUCACUGAACCAAGCAGCGGUGUUUGCUGUGAUCUUCCCCGUAAAUUAGGCUGUCAGAGCGGGUUUGUGAGCAGCCAUGCUCUGCCUGAGAGCCCUGCGUCUGUCCAACUCUGUCCAGCAGAUCGCCAAACAGUCAGACGUUGCGAGGAAGCUCUUCAUCAUCCAGCCAGCAUGCUGUCUGAGCACAAAAACAACAACAUCGUCCCAGCGACCAACGCCGACACACUUGGACAAUUUCCAACUCAACAUGAAUGGCUCUUCAAAGUCCCCCAGCUCUGGAGUGGAAGACAUGCUUUUCUACACCAUCACAGACGGAAAAGAACAAGUCCCCAUUACACACUUUACCACGGCCCUGAAGAAAACCGGCCUCCACCCGUCAGAUCCUCGUCUAAAGGACUGCAUGGAGAGAAUUCGACAUGCUGUGAACGACUCUGUUGGUGAGGUGAUGAUGGACAGAGAACUUUUCCACAGGUGUGUCAGUGGAAACAUCGUCCUGCUGAUCCAGGCCUUCAGAAAGAAAUUCAUCAUUCCUGAGUUUGAUGUUUUUGCACAAAAAAUAAAUGAAAUCUACAACGCGGUGGAAACUCAAAUUGAUGGGAAGGUCGCAAACUACAUCCCCCAGCUGGCCAAGUUUAGUCCAGAUCUGUGGGGUGUGUCUCUGUGUACAGUGGAUGGCCAGAGGCACUCAGUGGGCGACACCAAGCAGCCGUUCUGCCUGCAGUCCUGCGUGAAGCCACUGCAGUACGCCAUCGCCGUCCACGAGGCGGGAACAGAGAAGGUUCAUCAAUAUGUCGGCAUGGAGCCCAGCGGAUUCAAGUUCAACAUGCUCUCACUCGAUGAUGAAGAUAAGCCCCACAAUCCCAUGGUGAACGCAGGAGCCAUUGUGAUCAGCUCUCUUAUCAAGCCUCGUUCCAAUAAGGCAGAGAAGUUUGACUAUGUUAUGGACUUUGUGAAAAAGAUGGCCGGCCAAGAGUAUGUGGGAUUCAGCAAUGCCAUGUUCCAGUCAGAAAAAGAAACGGGCGACAGAAACUUUGCCAUCGGAUACUACAUGAAAGAGAAGAAGUGUUUUCCCCCAGGAGCAGAUAUGAUCGAUGCCCUGGACUUCUACUUCCAGCUUUGCUCCAUCGAGGUGACCUGUGAGUCAGGAAGUAUUCUGGCUGCCACGCUGGCCAACGGAGGAAUCUGUCCAAUCACAGGCGAGCAUGUCCUAAGUGCCGAGGCAGUGCGGAACACUUUGAGUCUUAUGCACUCGUGUGGCAUGUACGACUUCUCUGGCCAGAUGGCUUUUCAUGUGGGAGUGCCGGCCAAAUCGGGGGUGUCCGGCGCCAUUCUGCUGGUCAUCCCCAACGUCAUGGGGGUGAUGUGUUGGUCUCCUCCUCUGGACAGAGUGGGAAACAGUGUUCGGGGAAUACACUUUUGUCUGGAGCUCGUUUCGCUCUUCAAUUUCCACAACUAUGACAACUUGAGGCACUUUGUGAAGAAGCAGGAUCCUCGCAGACCAGAUGGAGACGACAGGAACAAGUCUGUAUUUAAUCUGAUGUUCGCUGCCUACAGUGGAGAUGUGUCUGCCCUGAGAAGGUUUGCUCUCUCAUCCAUGGACAUGGACCUGAAAGACUAUGAUUCUCGAACCGCUCUACAUAUCUCUGCAGCAGAAGGUCAUGUAGAUGUGGUGAAGUUCCUUACUGAGACCUGCAAAGUCAAUCCAUUUGUAGAAGACAGGUGGGGCAACCUCCCGGUGGAUGACGCCUUGCAGUUCGGACAUGUCGAGGUGGUGAAGCUGCUGAAAGAGUACAAGCAGGUCUGUGAACAGCAGGAAAUGCCUCACACUAAGGCUGAGCAUUCCCCGAAGCUGGACACCAUCGAGGGCAUGGUGUGAUGGAUUUAAAUAGAUUCCCCAAACUGUAAGCUGUCAGGGCAUUUGUGCAAUGUGUCAAGUUUUGAAAUAUGUAGGUCUGUUUGUAGCGACUCAAAUGAGUGCCAAAUAGAGACCAUCAUUUGACCGUAUGAAGCAUAAAAAUUGAAUAUACUCUUGACAAGAAAAGACUAUGCAAUCAAUAGGCAGAUAACAAAUAAGACAACAAAAAGUUGUUUGAAUAUGACAUUUGUUGGUUGGUGUCCUAAUAACUGCCAACAUAUCUAACAUGAAUUCAAAUCAGUUCUGCUAGAAAACAAUAUGAAGCUGGACACAAUGUUCAUGUUAAGAUCCAUGUAGGAUUAAAUGUAGCAGAGGGUCUCAGAGAUUUGAUAAACUCCAAAGAUAUUUAUAUUUGCAAUGCUUAACAUGUCUUAUAACAGUACAUUUUUACCGUUAUCUAUUUUUAUUAUUCUAUUGUGCCUUAAUGAAACAUUAAAAUAUGUUAAACUAUCGGACAUGUUUGGAUUGUAAAAGGGAAACAAGGGAACACAUUGUGCCCACUGUAGGAUAUACUGUAUAUAUUAUGUUCUUCAUCUGUAAAUAAGUGCAUUUGAUUGCUAAUAAUACAUUAUUAUACAUAGACUAAUUACAUUUAUGCACAUUUUGACUGUGCAUAAACAAGAAAUUCCAACUCAUUUAUGUGAAAUAUUUUGCCACUAAAGACAUGCAUUAAACAUAUUUUAAUUAUCUGCCACCCAGUUUCAUUUUGUGCUGAUUUAAUUUUAUUAUACCUCAUGCUGUCAGCAAUUUGUUGUUUAGCAUUAAGCAGCAUCUACUAAAUCAGCUUAAUAAAGGACAUGAUGAUGAAGAAG